CAGCAGCAGGGGCGAGAUUCAGAUGCGGCUCGGAGCGCUGAGGCGAGCGGAUUCUUGGGGAGGCUGGACCGGCGGUGCUUUAGGGAGGCGAGGGGGCGGCGAUGCUUUCGGGAGAAGAGGACAGCUCGACAGGGAAGCUGCAGUUCGACAGGGACUCCGAGGAAAGCUUCCAGGAGAAGAGGACAGCUCUGGCCGGGGUUGUGUUGAAGGCAAAUGUGCCAAUCGAAGUUCAUGCAAGUAAGGUGUACACACGGACAAUCUUCGAACAGUUUGGAUUAGCACUUUAUGAGUCUGGACAGUACUUGCUAGAUGAAUUGGAACCAGGCAAGCUGUACCUCGCCAGGCACACGAGGGCUGUUGCUAAAGAAAAAUGGUGCAAGGUGGUGUUCCAUGUUAGAGUGGACAGGUCGAGUGAGGAGUUCGAUUGUGAGUGCGGAUAUUUUGAACAUGCGGGGAUGCUUUGCUGCCACACAUUGAAGGUGAUGGUCCAUUUGGGGUACGAAAGCAUCCCAGACCGAUAUGUUCUGAAGAGGUGGACUAAAGAUGCUAGGGACAUACUACCACCUAAUUUGGUCAGGUACCAAAAAGACAGGGGCGUGCCUAAUUGCUCCAGCUAUAGGCAUUCGAGUCUUCAGCUCACUUGCCUAGAGGUUAAUGCCCUAGGCGAUGCAAAUAUGCAAUGCUAUGAGAAAGCCAUGCGUGUAAUGUUAAAAUUGAAGAAUGAUUUAUUGCCAAUGAGUAAGGUGAAAGAUGGCCUGGGCGUGGAGGUACGAGAGAAGGAGUUACAUCAAGUAAAAAUGGACGCGCCGGCAUCGGACGAGCAUGAAGUCCGAGGUGUUAUUGUUUCAUAGCCUCCUAAGAGAAGGAAAGCAGGCAGGCCUACAAACAAGCGCGACAAAGCACCAUAUGAAGAGGGAGUUAAGAGAACAAGGUUUUGUUCAAUUUGCCGUUUGUCAGGUCACAAGAACACUACAUGUCCGCAGCGCGGGGAUAUCCCUAGGGCUCCCAGGAAGCAGCCAAGGUGUUCAAACUGUGGCGUAUCGGGGCACCGUAAGACCAACUGCUCGAAUCCCAGGAUUUUGUUCAUGUAGUGAGGUGCUAAUUUACUUCCUUCCUACUAAUUCAUAUAUUUUAGUGCGUCCCCAAAGCUCAUCCAAGCCAUAUGUCCCAUCUCAUUGUGCA